AAAAGUGGUUUUGCCGCACAACCGUCGGCCGGACCGCACUGGUCGGUAUUCAGUUUGUGCGCGCGCGCGCGCUCGUUCCAACCGUCUUGUGUUGAAAUAUUCAGAACAAAUCGCCACAGGUUUCUAUUGUUUUUUUACACGCGUCCAAGUAAAUUUACCAAUUAUGUUGGAAUCUCGUGGAGUCGACAUUUGUAGUGUGUGAAUUUCCGUCGAACAACAACCCUUUAUCAUGUAUGCGGCUAGGAAUAGAAAUGCUACAACAGUAUGAUGUGCAAGUCUCCUUGAUGUUUGCUACGCAGAAAAUAGAUGGAGCAACACAAUAAACAAAAAAAAUAACAAAAAAAGCGUUUUUAUGACGACUAGACUGAGAUAAAUACGAUUCAUUUCAAAUACACGACUGGUUACGGUCGAACGACAACAACGACCAAUUUUAUGGGAGAAAUGAUCACCACCUGCAUAGGGUCCGAUCCGUGUCUCCGAUCAAGAGAUUUCAUCGAAUUUUUGGCAUUAACGUAACCGGCCAUGGAAAAGGGAAUGGAAGUAGCGGUGGUGGACCAGACCACCGACGACAGCUCAAGUCAAUGGAUUCGUUGUUGGGUCUUAGUGACGAGUACCUCAAUUACAACCACAAUUCCGAUGUAGUCACCAGAGCAUCACCAGACGUUCAAGAUUCCUUAGAUCGAGCAUUAAUGGAUUUUGAGGAAACCUUGGCACUGGCGUUCCAGUCGAAUUCUAUUGUACCACCACCUAAAGGAUUUUCUAACCAUAACCUAGCUGAAGGUCUAGAUGAGCUCAAUGGCAAUAGGCUAGAUAGUAGUAUCGAGAGCAGUUAUACUACUGGGAGUAGCGGAUAUUCAACUAAGCCAGAUCAACCCUCUUCUACAAUAGCUUCUACACAAAGGUCCUAUAAUACAUUUAAUGAACUCCAGCUCGUUAGGGAACAAAUGAUGGAAAGCCUAGAGAUUAUCAAAGACCUAGAGGAACAAGUUAAAUUAGUGCCAAAGUUAAAAGCGCAAGUAGCAACGCUGAAUACCGACAAAGAAAAUCUAGCAGCUGAGCUGGCAAGGCAAAAACAAUACAUUGAAAACGAGAAAAAAAUUACUAUAGCAGCCGAAAUUGAUAAAAGACGAAGUACCAAAGAUGUUGGUGUUAAUUGUAUUCCAAUAUACCGAGACAUUGGAGUGACGACACCACAGGCUCUAAUUGUAGAUACCCAAACCACGUUUACUAUAACUGAUAGCGCACCUACGAUAUCGUCACCACCCGUACCUGUUUCCACAGUAUCUGUUCAUACUCAAACAGCUGAAGCUAAAAAGGCGAUGAUGAUUGAUGCAGCGACUCAGUCUUUAAAGACAGUAGUCCGUACUGUAAACGUCGGAGUCAUGGCAAAGCCUAGGACUUAUGAUGCUAGCGUUAGUGCUAGAUCCGUUACGAAAAAUGUGGGAUGCACAGCUAGCAUCAAAGUAGUAACGGAACAGGUUGAUCGAGUGGAGGACACAAAACCAACAGCCGUGGCUAGACCAGUGGCACGGACUACACAGACCGAGUUUGAAUUACCUCGGAUCUUAACCGUCGGUCGUACUACACAGACCGAAUCGCGGUCCCAACGGCCUCCUUGCUCUCGAACAACCCAAACAGAAACACCAUUUACAACAGUAACCAGACGAUUACCCGUUACUAGAACCACUCAGACGGAUCCGGGUCCACAAAAAGUACCUAUAGGCCGCGCUUCUCAAACGGAUCCUGCUGUUCGAAAGACCACCAAAAUAGCCGUAACACAGACUGAUCAACCCAAUGCUCGUUGCGUGGCGCCUUCGAUAGGCCAAAGGAGUAAUUCAUUCCAUCAUUAUCCCGUAGCUCCACAGUUGGCCGAUCAUCCAAUGGUCAGAAGUGAAAGCGCUGUAACCGUAACCCCAUCGAAAAUUCCUAGACUGAAAUCAUUGACACCAGAGUUCAACCGUAAAGUGUAUAACAGACAAGACACCUAUACAAAAUCGUCGCCCGAAAUUUUCCGCCAACCAGUAAAUGUCGUCAAACAUAUGGAUCCAAUACCUUCUUCACCACCUGAAGUUCAAAAUGAAAACAGUUCUGAAUCCCAAUUGGCUUUCAAACCUAUUAAGGAUGAUCUUCCCAGAAAAAAUCCUAGUAACGAAAUGAAAUCGGCAUUAAAAGUUUUGAACGAUUCCUUAAAAAAAACUUCUGCUACUUUAUUACCCAGAGCACAAUUAAAACAUGCUAUUGAUAUUGUACGUGAAGAAUGGUUUAGGAUUUCAAGUUUAAGCGAAUGUGGCGUACAAACAGUUAUGAAUUAUUUGAAUACUUUCAAAUCAUAUUCUCCAGUAUUGUUAGAAUUCAUCAUCAACAUGACAGAUGCUGCGGGCAAUACAGUGUUGCACUACGCAAUUUCCCACGGCAACUUCGACGUAGUGUCAGCGGUAUUGGACACCGGUGUGUGUAAUGUCGACCUCACUAACGAUGCCGGCUAUUCCAGCGUGAUGCUUGUGUCUCUGACCGAAAUUAAAAACGGCGACCAAAUGAAAAUCAUCAAAAAACUGUUCAAGUGCGGUGACGUAAACCUGCAAGCCAAAAAACACGGCCAAACUACUCUGAUGUUAGCUGUGUCUCACGGUAAGACUGAUGUCGUCAAGUUGUUGUUGGAAUGUGGAGCCGAUGUAAAUAUUCAAGACGAAGACGGUAGUACUGCCCUCAUGUGUGCUGCAGAACACGGUCUCCAAGAUAUAGUCAAUAUAUUAUUGGCCCGUCCAGAAUGUGACGUGUCCAUUGCAGAUAAUGAUGGAAGCACUGCUUUAAGUAUUGCAAUGGAAGCAGGACAUAGAGAAAUAGGUAUUGGUCUUUACGCAAAACAGCACUUAGUAUCACGAGAAAACUCACCUUUCCAUUUAUCUAAGCCAAAACGAUCAAGAAGUGCUAACACUGUAAUGAUGUCAUCUUCAUCUCUAUCUCCCUACGUGUCUCUAAAGAAAUCGUCUACACUCCAACCUCGACAAUACUCUCCUCUACCAUCAAUGAUGAAAACUACAACUCCAUAAGCAAUUAUCGCUUAUCUCUGUUUAUCACCAACUCAAAAUAGAUAAAUAGUGAACGGAUUCUUGAACCGUCUGUUUACGAACAGACAUGUUCAAUUAAUUACAAUAGUUAUACUGCAACAUAUUUUUCAUGACAAAUGUACUACUAAUUCUUACCAUUAUUAUUGUUUAGGAAAUAAUGUUAAAUUGUUUAUUAUUUAUUACUUUUUUAUUAGAUACUCGUCAGAGUGAAUUUCUGUAAAAAAUUAUUUCAUAGUGAAAUGCUUUAUUCUAAUUGUAAAUUUGUUAAACUACAAUAUUUUGACUAAUAACACUAAUAUAGACGUGCUAUAACUUA